CUCUGUCCGUCGCCCCUCCCUCCCCUUCUUCUCACCCCUUUGCCCCGUCACACCUCCCCCUCUCUUUUUCUCCCUUCUUUUCCUUCCAGUCUGGUUCUUCUGUUGUGCCGUUGGCUUUGGUGAGGGGGCUGUGGGAGGGAUCUCGCGAUUGUUGGACUUUUUUCGGGGGGGAGACUUAUUCGGAAGAUGGCGCCCGUUGUUACGGGGAAGUUUGGUGAGCGACCUCAGCCUCAGCGUUUGACAAGGGAGGCCAUGAGGAAUUACUUGAAGGAGAAAGAUGAUCAAACAGUGCUCAUACUACAUGCAAAAGUUGCACAAAAGUCAUAUGGCAAUGAAAAAAGGUUUUUCUGCCCACCACCAUGUGUGUAUCUGAUGGGCAGCGGCUGGCAGAAGAAAUCAGAGAAUAUGGAGAAAGAGGGUUGCACGGAGCAGGAGGCCCAGCCAUGUGCAUUCAUUGGGAUAGGCAACAGUGAGCAGGAGAUGCAGCAACUCAAUCUGGAGGGGAAGCACUUCUGCACGGCUAAGACGCUGUAUAUCAGUGACUCAGAUAAAAGGAAACACUUCAUGCUGUCUGUGAAGAUGUUGUACGGAAACAGCGCCAACAUAGGAGUCUUCCUCAGCAAGAGGAUCAAGGUCAUCUCCAAGCCCUCCAAGAAGAAACAGUCCUUGAAAAAUGCAGAUUUGUGUAUAGCUUCAGGCACUAAGGUGGCGUUAUUUAACCGCCUGCGUUCCCAGACAGUCAGUACCAGGUAUCUUCAUGUGGAGGGGGGGAACUUUCAUGCCAGCUCCCAACAGUGGGGUGCCUUCUACAUCCACCUCUUGGACGAUGAGGAGUCUGAAGGGGAGGAGUUUGCUGUGAGAGAUGGCUACAUCCAUUAUGGCCAGACGGUCAAAUUGGUCUGUUCUGUUACUGGCAUGGCCCUGCCCAGACUGAUCAUUCGCAAAGUGGACAAGCAGACAGCAUUAAUGGAUGCAGAUGACCCAGUGUCCCAACUCCACAAGUGUGCUUUCUACCUGAAAGAUACAGACAGGAUGUAUCUCUGUCUCUCCCAGGAGAGGAUCAUCCAAUUCCAGGCCACACCAUGCUCCAAAGAGACUAACAAAGAGAUUAUCAAUGAUGGGGCCUCCUGGACUAUUAUUAGCACUGACAAGGCAGAGUACACCUUUUAUGAGGGCAUGGGCCCCGUCCCCACUCCGGUCACACCUGUUCCUGUGGUAGAAAGUCUGCAGUUAAACGGUGGAGGAGAUGUGGCAAUGUUGGAACUGACAGGACAGAACUUUACCCCUAACCUCAGAGUGUGGUUUGGAGAUGUGGAGGCAGACACCAUGUACAGAUGUGGAGAGAGCAUCCUGUGUGUGGUGCCGGACAUUUCUGCCUUCAGGGAGGGCUGGCGCUGGGUGAGACAGCCGGUGCAGGUCCCUGUCACACUGGUCCGCAAUGAUGGAAUCAUCUAUGCCACUGCCCUCACCUUCACCUACACCCCUGAACCAGGGCCACGACCUCACUGCAGCGCUGCUGGGGCCAUUCUGCGGUCACAUAGCACCUCCUCGUCAUCACCAGCAUCUUCAUCCUCACCAUCAUCCUCGCUGGGUGGCCUCGGGGACGGCCAGGGGGCUUACAAUAGUAGUGACUCAGGAAUGUCAUCAGGAUCAUCGACCAUGUCGGUGCUGUCAUAGUAAUACUUACCUUUUGUGUGCUGUUCUGUAUGUGUACUAUGAAUGAAUGGGAGAAUGUGUGUGUGUUCCAAAGAGGCUCAUGGACCUGUGAAGAAUUGCACAGAUAUUCAGAAACUCUUCAUCACAGAGCAACUGUGGAAUCAUAAGGAAUUUAAGAGAGAGUUGAAAAAAAGACAAGUUGAAAGAAAAAUACUUGGGAUAACUGACUCCUCUCUUUAGCUCCCUCUUGUGGACAUGUCAUAAGCUCCACUCAGAGGGCCUUGAUAUCCAAGAUCUUAAUCUAAAAGGAGACAAAUCUGCCUUCUAACCGCCACAACAACCUGAUCUAUAAAAGACCUAUUUUGUUUUUAUACACCUGUGAGUAUGAAAGUUAUUUUCAUGAUGCUUUCCUACUGCCAAGCCUGUGUUUUUACUCAAAAGCUUGUUGAUUUAUCUGCUGUGUGCAAGGGAAACAUUUUAUUCUAAGAGUAACAUAGUUUUUAUGGACCAAGGAAUAUUAUUAUAUUAUUUUAUUCAUAUUAUAUUUUAUAAGCUUUUCCUGAGGUACAUUUUGACAUUUUUUGUAUUAUAUUGCUUAGAAAUUUCACUUUUGUUACCAAAUAGAAUUUGUCAUGUUGUUUGCUCCUGUUUGAGUUCUGUCUCAAUGGAGUGGUUAAAAUGGAAAUGGCUUUUAGUAAGUCUGCAGCUUCUCUACUUUUGUCCUCACCUCUUUUUUAAUAUCCACUGAUGUGUUUUGGAAUUAGAUACCCAAAUGCAUACUGACUUAACUGUCAUUACAGAAUUUUUUAACAAUUCUACAUGCUGUAUAAUAAUGAAAAAGAAAUGAUCAGACUGUAUUUUAUGCAGGCACUUAAAAGAGUGAAGGGAUCUGCAGACCUGGCUGCAGUUAUUUGCUUAGCUGCGUUAGAUAUUCUAGGCCACUGAUCAGUGUCUUACUACUCUUUAUAUCAGAAAAGGCAUUUUGAUGAGUGUAGUGUCAAUAUAUUACACUGAGUGUAUUCAGGAAGACCAAGGUUUAAGUUUUCUAAUCAGUGCUGUUUUUGUAGCAGAGUUUAAUCUCAAAUCUAAACAUAAUCAGUCCCUCUUCUUUUUUUCACAAGUGAUGCCUUUUAACAAAAAAAAUUAAUUUGGAAGAUUAGGGGGUCCAUAUCUACAUAUUUUCAGAGAAAAUCAAUGAACAAAGAAGAACUCUCCAACUCUCCACAGAUCAAAUCCUUAAUGUGACUUUUUGACUCUUUAAAAGGAGUUAUUUGUAAGUUUUGCUAUUGUUACACAGCCAACGUUAGCGUUAACAGGAAUGCUGCAAGUUCAGCAUCAAACUUUAUUCCUUUACUCACCAAAAGCUGUCUCCAGCGGGGGAAACCGACAGCAAUGUUUUGUUUAGUUCUACAGCUUGCCACUUUCUGAUAGCAGCUCACUGUACCAUUCAGACUGCCUUGAAGAAGUAGCACUUCUCAGAAAGCAUAAUAUAACCUCUUGUAUCGUAAACACAACAAUGGCUGAAGCUCUUGCCAAGCGACUAUCACCACCACCUGCUCCAAGCAACAAACAGCAUUUGACAGUAGCGUAGAAUUUACAAAUAGCCCCUUUAAUAUCUUUCAUUUGGAGAAUCCAUUUGAGAUUGUGCUUAUGUGCUGGAAGAAGAGCUUUAACACUCUCUGCCUUGCAGUUUACCUAUGAUUGCUCCAUAGCGUCACAUUGGAAUUGACUCAAAUCCAGUAGAACAAAUUUUAAUACAAUCAUCUGUGCUUGUGCUUUGGGGCUUAAUGUGAUGAGGUGAAGGUUUGUACAGAAUCCUAGUUUGUUCUGCCUCUCUGCCUAACUUUGUAAGUAGGUUGAACAUAAAAAUGGAACCUUGAAGAACUUACUUACUAAGCUAGUCAGGAAUGAGUUUAUCUUGCCUUAAAAACCACUACCUAUAGUAUCUGUCUUGCUUAAAAUUACUUACAAAGUACCUUGAUUUCCAUCAUUCUUUUUGUAUCAUGUUUUAAGAUUGACAUGAAAGUAUUAUGUUGUAAAUGUGGUAGGUUGUCCAGCAAAUUGCCAAUUGGAAAUGUUCAUGACAAUGAUAUAAAUCACUUAAGUUCUUGCAUAUGUGUUUUCAGCAUGUCUAAAUGUAGAUUUAUUGCUGUAUAGAUAAGGAUUUACAUCACAACCCACAACAUCUCUCUGUGGUACCAUUAAGCACCAUCUGAACAAACUUUGUGUCCAUUCUCCAUCAUUUUCUUUCCAUGCUCUCAGUUUGCAGUAGUGGGAUUGAUGCAGGUACAUACAGCAAGUGCAUCAUCUUGACUCCUAUAAAAAUGUUUAAUGUGAGUUCUGUUACUGCAGGUUUGUGCACUUUUCAAUAUUACAUCAACAUUGUAGUUUGAUCCUUGCCUGGUUCUGCAGAUAUGUAGGUCUGUGAUUAUUUCCCCCCAUUUGCACACCUUAAAAAACCUUUGCUUAUUUCAAAUGAUUGAAUUUUUGGUCACUAUGUGGAUCCUUAGUCAACCUUGUUGGUUUCUUCUUUUGUCUGUACUGUCAUCUGUGCCUUGAUCAGUCACCUUUUUUUCACUUUUGUUUCUCACUGCUGUUUUCCUACAUGUCAUCUCUCUAUCUAUUACUCUGGUGUAGUACUCUGUGAUACAGAAAGUAAAUCAAUCUGCCAUGGUUCUUCAGUGAAAGGUCAAGAAUAAAAUGAGCUGACGCUGAAUGUCA